AUAUCAUUCAACUGAUAAUCAUCUACAUCGACUCCACACUCCAGCCACUUGUGUGCCAUCGCUCCAUCGAUAGAGCUGGACGUUUCUAGCUGGAACGCAGAAUGUCUCGCCGUGGGCAUCUCUCCCACAAGGUGCCUAAUGUAAAGCUGCGACCAGCUCCUGCGCCUGGGUCGAAUGACCCAGCACGCAAGAUGAGACAACUUUCUCCAGAUAUGUGGAAAGAGACGUACGGAUAUGGGCAGGAUGAGGAUGAAUCGGGCCCGGUGGAGACAGGAGAGAGCUCUAAACCAUGGCAAGAUGUCGUCAUUACCAUAACAGGGCAAGAGGACAAGGUCCACCUGUCCAGCCUUAUUCGCGAGCUUGGCGGUACGGUCGAGAGUGCAUUGACUGUUCGCGUCACGCAUGUCAUUGCCUCUGCUCAUAAUUCUGCCAAAUACGUGUAUGCUGUGGAACAUCGCAUACCGGUCAUGACCCCUGAGUGGGUUCUGCAUUCUCACAGUCGGUACAUACAUGCCGAGGAUGUGAAUCUCGACGACGACAUGGAUCGAUUCCGGCUUCUCCCUUUCAUCGGUCUGACGAUUGCCAUGUCUGGCAUCGAGCCAUUGGACAGACGGCGCCAGAUCGUCCAGUACAUCAACGAUAAUGGAGGAAUAUAUAACAAAGAUCUCGGACGAGGAUGCACACACCUGAUAGCUGCGAAGGGAACGACUGAGCCUGGUCAAUCGGAGAAGAUAAAAUGGGCCGUGAAGGAGAAUCUAGACAGGCAACGGAAACGGAAAAAAUGGAAAGUCCAAUCGGAUGAUAUCAACAUUGUCUACGAAGAGUGGAUAUGGGACUGCGUAGGGUUCAGGGGGAGGUUCCCAGAAGCAAAAUACGAUGCCAGUCAGCCUAGACCAAAAGCGAAGGUCGAAGCCGAGAAUGUGCUCGACGGCACUGCUUUUAAGGAGGUUAAGGCUGACGCUGUGCCUUUGGAUCAAAAAGAAGAGGAGCUGCCUGCAGUCGUUCGCAAACGCAAAGGAGCUACCGGAGGACCAGCAGCAGGGGAAAUGGCUGCUGUUAUCCUAUCUUGCGCCAAGAAGCCCAAAAUGGAUACGAAGCGCGCUGAGAACGACGACACGGAGCAAGGGUUCUCGGUCCAGACUAAUGGAGCUGAAGUUGGCACUUCCACAAAGACCGCGGCUGCUUCCGUAGCCGAAGUUGAUAGGGACGAGCUGCGAGACGAUACGCGCUGGAAUCAUCACUCGAGAGCAGUGGAACAGGAGCGAAAGCCUUCGGUCCUGACGAUGCCUCGGACGAGCUCGUUUGCGCCUUCGUCAGCCUUGGCAGGACCGUCGAAAAUUACCAUGGCACAAAUGUCCACGACGAACCAGAUAGAGGCAUCGACAGCGGAUCCACCGAAGACAGGCGAGGUCCCAAUCGCUACUCCCCGUAUUUUUGACGGGCUGCGAUUCAGCCAUGUCAUCCAGGAGAAUUGCGAGAGUCUAGAGAAGGCUCUUGUUGGACAUGGUGGAAUGCUAGUGUCGGAGACUGAGAGACUGGCUGGAGCUCAGGUGGACUACAUAAUUGUCAGAUUGAACUCGUCAAUUCGACCCGAGAUCAGCUCUUCCCCCAACCAGCCGACACUCGUUACUGAAUGCUGGAUCGAAGGCUGUUGUUUCGAACGUCGCAUGGUCUCCCCGGAUGAUCAUCUUGUCUUUCGGCCCCUGCCUGCCACUCUUCCGAUACGUGGAGCGAAUGACUUCAACAUCCAUCUCAGCGGGUUCAGUACGUCGGAGACAGUAUAUCUGAAGCGUCUACUCCGAGCUCUUGGUGCUCGACACUCUCUCAAAGUCUCCCGAGAGACAACACAUCUCGUCUCCCCGAUCCUCAAGUCUCGCAAAGUGGAUAUUUGCCUAGAAUGGGGUAUCCCCGUCGUCAAAGAUUCUUGGCUGUUCACGAUGGGCAAAUCAGGCGUUAUGGAAUCACACGAGUCUCAUACGCUUGUGGGCCCUCUCACACCGGGCCAGAGGACUUCCAACGCGCUUAUGUCGGAAAUGUUUGGGACGCCCGAUGUGGAUCUCGAUUUCUCCGGCAUAAAAAGCUCGACACCAAAGGCUGCAUUUCUCAACAAGGCCGCCGAGGUCAAACCUUCCUCGUCGUCGCCAAUGUCCGUCAUCUCCCAGAAUCGAUUGCUUAAGCUCACGCCGACCCAUAUUGAUGGUAUGGAUGGCGGGGUACGGUCAGCUGGAUCCAGCGACUCGAUGGCGGAAUCACUCCCAUUAUCUGCACCUGGACCAGAGCGUGAACGUGCUUUGAACAAGGCUUCUUCAGCUUUCGAGAUCAAGAACGACACUGUGGAAAGCAAGCUUUCCCGGACAAGCUCUGCGCCUCCCAUUGGGUCGAUCAAGGAGACUGCACCUGAAGCGGCCAAGCGAUCGCCUUCGGUGGGCGGAAGUCCAGCUGGAGUUGGGCCUGGGACUGGUAUGACUGAAGUUUUGAGGCAGAUGGCUUCGAAAGGAGAUGUCACGCCGAGGGAUAGGACAAAGUCUAUCCGUCGACCACGGACAGGCACGGGCUCCAGGCUCAAGGUGAGGCAUUCAUUCUUCCCUGCGGAAUAUACAAGCUGAGAAAUACACCUAGUCCUCAGUCACUGUCGGCUACACA